AUGAAGGGCCGAAGACCCAGUACACGAAGUACCUCAAGCCGAGCAAGCCUUGCAGAUUCGACAGGCAGAAAGAUGUUGUCCGAGGUCCUUCUCGUCUGUGAACUGAUGAUGUUUAUUACUCUGUCCGCUCUCACUGGAGGUACUCCUCAAUUAGCCUCAACAGACAGUCAGAAAAAGCAACCUAAAGUAUGUUUCUAAGAAGUAUUUAAUCUAAUUGUGUAUCUUUAAGUGUUACUGUGCCAGUCUUUUAGGCUUUUAGAAGAGUGUGUUUCUUUAUCAUGUUUAAUUUCAUUAAAUUAAUUUUUACGCCCUUCAGCAAAGAACAAAACAAGUGUUAAUUAACCUUUUUAUUCAACUUUGUUUAUAUACGCUUUCAUUAGACAUGCAAAUAUAAUUCAGCUCAGAGUUAUUAUUUUAGUGUGCUUUUGUUGUGUCACUAAACAAACUACUGUAAUUGAGGACCGAACGAAAUUUCCUUUGGUACAAUAACAAAUCUUCGAUCACGUGGACCUCAUAUGCCAAGAAAUUUUAACAACCGACGAGGAUUAGUAUUUUUAUUGUUACACGCGAGUUAAAUACUCUCUUGGGCUAUUUCACAAUCAUUUUAGGCAUGGCUUGUUAAGUGUCUUUUAGGGGGGCAUAAUCCUCAUUAAGCUAGUGGCUUUGAAAUCGUAUUUAAAAGAAGAGAACUACAAUAUAUAGGGGCUUUCCGAUAACCCUAUGAUACUUACGCAGCAGGGCCCAGUUGUUCGAAAGAUGGAUAGCGCUGUCCAAUCCAGUGGAUGGCGCAAUUGGUGUUCCUAAUACAGUGGAACCCAGUUAAUACUGUGACCAAUGGAAAACAUUUGGCCGUAUUAACAGGUGACCGUUUUAACCAGGGUUUUGUUACAAGAAAAUGUAUGGCCGUUUUGCCGCGCGGCCAAAGGAAGUGGCCGUAUUACCGAGGUGACCGUAAGGCGGGGGUGCCACUGUACUUAUCUGCUGGAUAGUGAUUUAUUCAGUAGAUAGCACUAUCCAGCGUUCGAACAACCAGUGCCUACAGGUCAAUAAACUUAAGCAUAAGUAUGCUACCUGAGUGGAGUUUCAGGUUGUCGACAUGUAGAUCACAUAUACUCAAGAGUUAUUCAUGGUAUGGCUAUGGCAGUGACAUGGAUAGCGGGUUAGAAGACAUACUAUUGGUGGGAACAUGGUAAUGAAUGUUUGGUUUCCUCUGAAUAAUCCAAUAAAACCUUAUUCUAUGUUUGAAAAAAUUUGCUGAUACACUGCUACAAGCAAUAUCAAAAUCACAGAUAUCAUACCUUUCACUGAAAAGACAAAUGUGAAAAACCGAACAUUUCUUGUUUCGAUGGACGUUAUGAGUCUUGACACAAAUAUACCGCAAAACGAGGGUAUAUUGAAAUUGUCUGUCACAAAGCAUAUGAAAAUUUCUGCAAAGACAUCCCAUUCCUGCCGGAAAUGCUUAGAAUAGUCCUCGAAGAAAAUUUCUUCCACUCCAAUGGAAAGCACUACCGACAAAACCAUGGAACUGCAGUGGGCACAAAGACAGCAGUUUUGAUUCCUUUGCCAACAUUUUCAUGGCAUAUAUUGAAACAACAACUCCAAGCAAAACCGUCUUUAGAACAACAGUUUGGAAAUCUUACAUACACAAUAUCUUUUCCCUAUGGGACGUGAGUAAACCAGACAUCGAAGCCUUCAUUGAACAAGCAAACUUACAUCACCCAACUAUUAAAUUCACGGCCGAAACAUUAUUUAGGAAGGCCUGAUACUCAGGCUACCGAAACAUUUGACACUGAGACUGCGUUUUUAGACACGGCUGUAUACAAAGGCACAAGAUUCAAGGAAAAAUCUAUCCUUGAUGCAAAGACACAUUUUAAACAAAUAGAAACCUUCUUGCACACACAUUUCACCUCGUGUCACCCUCCAAAUGUUAAAAAAGGAUUUGUCAAAGGAGAAGCCUUGAGAAUCCUACGAAAAAACUCCUCAGAAACAACCUUUGAGGAAAAUAAUUCAAAUUGAAAAAAAAAAUGCUUGAUGGACGGAGGCUACCCACAAACUUUGAUAGAAAGCCUACUAUCAGAAAUAAAAUUCACAAAAGGGAGUCGAAACUACUAAAACAAAACAACAAGGGGGAAAAAGAAAUAUUGCCAUUCGUGACACAAUACCAACCCUCGGUGACUACUACAAAGGAAGCGUGAAUGAAAAAAUGGAAUCUUGUACAAAACCAACCAAUUACCAUAACUUCAAUAAUUUUUUAAAGAACCACCCAUCACUUCCUUACAAAAAAGGAAAAUCAUUAAAGGACAUUUUCGUUAGAGCCGAAGAAAAAAGGUUAACAAAGGGGUUCAUGCCCGUAAAGAUGUGCGGCCUGUCAUGAGUAUUUUAGCAAUAAUUCCAGCUGGCUGUGUUUUACAUAACAAGUGUGGUCAACUGUCUCCUCAUCACCCACCCCCUCUCUGCUCCGGCCCACCCCCCCUCCCCCACAUACUUUUUGGCCAGUCCCUCAGUUUGAGAUAUUGUGACUGGGUAGAUUUGUGUAAGGAUUGCCAAUGUUUUAAGAAGCAGACCAGUCUGAAAUGCCUUGUUUUCCUGUUUUUAAUUUGAGAUCUGUUGCUUAGAUUCAUGCCAGCAUGUAGGAAAACAUUCAUACCUUCCACUAGAGGGUUUUUGAGCGUGGCUCCCACUUCCCCGACUUUAUGCCAUAACUUGUUUCUCACUACUCCUGUUUUGCGAUACUAAUACGGUGGAAGCUUUCUUAAGCGGACAUUAUCAGGACGCGCGGACACCCUCGGGACGCGAAAAUGGUGCCCGUAGCUGGGGCGGGCCGCUUACGGGAAUGUAAAAAUACAGAAUUUGUUGUUGAGGAAAACGGCUUUUUGUGAAGAUGGCCGUAAGUAGAGCUUUCCGCUUACGAGAGUGUCCGUUAGGAGAGUUACCACUGUAUGUGUUUUCCCUCUGCUUUGGAAUAAUUCUGUUAGGUUUGCUAAUGACAAAUCUAGCUAUUAAGCAAAGUUUCUAAUCUUUUCCUUCUCUCCAGCAGAAUAGAUAGAUACAAUGGUUCGGCAACUCAUUGAUGAUAUAGAUGUGGCAGGCCUGGCUUGCAGGCUUCCAGUGUCAGACAAUGCAGAGGAAUUUUGGUCGCAGUUGAUGAAUAAUGAAGAAGUGAUGAGUGGGAUGGUCAUAACUGGACGCCUGGACUUCAUGGCCUGCCUAAACAUAGCCUACAACAUUAUCAAGCAUUUCGAUUAAACCUUCUUUGGUGCUCAUGCUAACUAAGCCCAUCAUUAAAUGGAUCCCUAAAUUAAGAAUCUUACUUGAAGCUUUGAUUUAUGCCGAAGUUGUUCCCUAAAAAGGUUGUAAUUCAAAGACUGGUGUCUUUGUUGACACUAAUGGUCCAUAAGCUGGACAACAAUCAGUGGAAAUACUGAAAAGAUUGGAGGGGAUGUUGGCGAGCAUUGUUCACCGAUGUCUCUUUGACGAAGCUUUGCUAUAGACACCGUCAGGAGCCAAUCAGGAAAUUAGAUCUGGAAGUUGUACUGCUGUAAUUGUGGGUGGCACUUCUCUAGACUUUUUUAUUACUUAACAUGCUUUCCCCCGAUGGUGCAUGUAAAUCUUUUGAUGUCAGUGCUAAUGGACACUGCUGUUCAGAGGGUGCCUUCGCUAUUUUUCUGGAAAAAAAGGAUAUAGAGAAUCUAUUCUCAUGUUGUUAACUCAAAAGCAGCUUAAGUGGACACAAGAAACAAGGUGAGGGAUUUUUGUUUCCCAUUUUGUUUCUCAUCCUUCAUCUUGCUAAUUAUUAGGAUUUUAGAAGCAUAAAUAAUAUUUUUGGAAUAUUUAUGCAGCAGGAGUAGGAUUUAAUGAUGUUUACAAAAUGAUUCAAAAUCUGUUACUUACAGUGAAACUAGGGUAGCUAGGGACGAUUUAGCAUUAUUAACCUAUUAUCCUAAAGGUAGCAAACAACAAAUUCAAACCAGAGGAUGACAUCUGAGUAUCUCAAACAACUUUAAUUUACUUUGUGGAAUUUCAUUGGUUAGUAACUUGCCCCUUUUUUGCUGUAGCCUGAGGAUGUGCACAUCUGAGGGGGGAAAAGUAGUAGGGAGGAAAGUGUCCUCCUCGUGUGCGAGCACAUCCUAUAAAAAAUAACUAAAACACCUGACGCCACGCAGGUUAGCUUUACUGUACACUGCAACUUAUAGAGCAAGUAGUGAUGAUUUGCUUUCAUUUGAAAGUACAUUGUUGUGCUAAGAGAAAUUUCUGUCAUUAUAAUAGAAAUAUACCACAAGUCAGUUACGUUACCUGCACGAGGGAGAUCCUGCCUCAAGGCCCCUACUGUUUGGCUGGUUACUCAUUUGGGGCACCUGUGUGGAUAUAGAGAUGGCAUUGCAACUGGAGAAAACAAACUUUGCUGUGGCAGAAGGUCUUUUUUUAAAAUUCUGAAGCCAAGCCAACACUCAGCAAAGUUUAUCACGUAUUUUACGGCUCUACUGCGUAUGAUUGAAAAGUACAAUGUGGCUUCCAGUCUUCGAAGAAACGUGCGUCUCAUUCUUGUCAAAACCGCUAACAGGAUGGACAAUUUUUAGGGUACGACUUCUAGUUGUGAUGCAUGUGCGAGAUGAUCAGGUGAUAGUCAUACUUUUUCCAAAGCGAUAGCACUGUCGAGAUGGCUAACAUAAUCACCGGGGACAUAAAUAAUCCAGCGUGAUUGACAUUGCUAUAGCAAGACUAAUAAUACUGCUAUCAAAGGGCAAACUUCAGCCCCAUGCCCAGUGAAUGAAAUUGAAGAUCGACACUUCGCAGAAGUUUUUCAUAAAAAGAGUAGAAGUCUAGAAAAGAUAGUUUUGAUUUCACUGAUUAUUGUCAAGAGACGAGAAAAAUUCUGAUAAACUACUAGGUGCGAUAAGUAAUUUAUGUAUUUUUUUUCAAGUGUUAAGCGACUAAGAAAAGGUUUGAAGUUUAAAAAAACCUGUGGUCUUUUUGUUUAAAUAGGUUAGUUCAGCGUUUUGUAUAUAAUUUUACUUUCUGAAGUCUUUUUAAAAUAUGGUAUUACAUGGGUAAAUGCGACCUCAAAAUUCUAAAACAAACAUUCAAACAUUUAAAAAGCUUAUUUAAAAGGCCCCACAUGCAGUUGUUCAAAGGGUGAAUAGCGCUAUCCACCGGAUAAAUCACUAUUUAGUGGAUAACGCAAUUGAUUUCCCUACUACUUAUCCACUGGAUAGUGAUUUAUCCGGUGGAUAGCGCCAUCCAACUUUUAAACAACUGGGGCUAGGUGUUGUAUAGAGGUUUUUGUUAUUGGAAUAAACACAAAGUGAAGAGGCAUUUGUGGCGGUAAUAUUGCAUUUCAGUACCAGGCAAUUUACUCACCCUGUUGAAGACGAAAAUAACCGUAAAGACCUCCCUGGUGAAGGACAAAGUUCACUAUCCAGUCCAUACACCGUCUAGGCCGUUUAGAAAUCCGUGUCGUUUUUUAAAUCGACUCAACUGACUUCGAUGUCAGAAUCCUUACUCUUAACUGGACAUUGACAAAAUGCAGGGCACAAACGCUUGUUAAUCAAGCAAGAAACUGAACAAGUUGAAUGAUUGUGCUCUAUUUUGCUAUUUGCUAGUACAUGGGGCAUUUAAUUCACAUAUCAGACAGGCCAUUUAUUGGAGAGAGGCG